AUGGUACAGACGCAAUUCUGUAAGAAGGUCAAGUUCGUGCGACACGACGGAGCUCGCGAGUUUGCAACCAACUCGCUUCAGCUGUUCUACAAAGACGAAGGCAUUGAACAGCAGACAACGGUGCCGUAUGCACAUCAAACAAACGGAACAGCAGAGCGUGCCAUUAGGACUAUUGUCACGAUCGGCCGCAGCAUGCUUCAUCAUGCCAAACUGGACAAGUGUUUCUGGGCCGAAGCAGCGAUGACGGCCAUCUACGUCAAGAAUCGACUGCCGUCACCUAAAGUCGUGCACAAGACCCCGUUUGAGAUCGUCUACAACUUGAAACCAAGCAGAAUCGACUCAAGUGGGAUCCAAAGGCUCGCGCUGGCAUAUUCGUGGGCUACGAAGAAGUUUCGAAGGCAUAUCGUGUUUAUGACAUCGAGGCGGGGACAGGUGGUUAUCAGCCGCGAUGUCAACUUCGACGAGUCCACCUUUAGACUUCAACUGCCGAUCACUGAUGAAGAUGUCGAUGACCUGGACUUCGAAUUGCUGGAUCUUGAUGACGAAGAGCUGCGUCAAAUGGAGUAUCAGCAAACAGGCAAGCGCAAGAAUCGACUCAAUGAUGAAGAUACAGCAGCUCCACGACCGCGUGCAGUGCGUCAACGACCAGGACUAGAAGAGUCAAACGCGCCGGAAAACAACUCGUCACGCCAAGAAGAAGACGAAGAAACGAAGGAUUCUGGUGAUUCAACACCGCCUGUGUUUUGGCGUGCGAGUGCAAAUGCCGUUGAAGCAGCAGUGGACUUAUCAGAGCCCUCAACAUUUGAAGCAGCAGUAAGCGGCCCUGACCAAGUGCACUGGAGAAAAGCAAUUCAUGCAGAGCUCGAGUCAAUGCGACUUCGCGGUGUGUUUCGUGCAGCCAAGCUGCCCAACGGACAACGCGCCAUUGGCACAAAAUGGGUGUUCAAGAUCAAGCGUAAAGCGGAUGGAUCUAUCGAGAAGUACAAGGCACGACUUGUGGCCAAGGGUUUCCGCCAAAAGUAUGGCAUCGACUACACGGAGACGUUUUCGCCUAUGGUCAAGUAUGUGACGCUGCGAAUGGUGAUCGCAAUUUCCAAGCAUUUUGGAUGGCCCAUCGACCAGCUUGAUGUGGUGACAGCUUUCCUGUAUGGCGUCAUGAAGGAACAAGUGUUCUGCGUGAUUCCUGAAGGCGUCGAACUUGACAGUACGUUCGACUGCCUGGAAUUGGUGAAGUCAAUUUACGGCCUCAAGCAAGCGUCGCGAGUGUGGAACGAGACGUUCGACGAGUAUGUGUGCUCCAUCGGAUUUCAAGUAUCGGACUUCGACCCAUGUCUCUACAUCAAGACUUCGGACGGCCAUUGCGUGUUUAUACUGGUCUACGUGGACGACGUCUUGGUGACUGGAAGCUCUCUCGAGCUGAUUUUACAAACCAAGAACGACCUGAAGACGCGGUUCGAGAUGACGGACAGCGGCAAGUGUGCGUUUCGUCGGUAUGUCGAUGAUAUCCUCAAGCGCUUUGGCAUGGAUGAUUGCAAGGCAGUCGCAAGUCCAGUCGACAUGAGCUCUCGACUUGUUUCAAGUGAUGCAACUACCAAGGUCGAUGCUCCUUUUCGCGAAGCUGUUGGUGCGUUGAUGCACCUGACCACUUCAACGCGUCCGGACAUUGCGUUUGCUGUGGGCUAUGUGUCGCGGUUCAUGAAAAAUCCCCAAGAAGAACACUGGGUUGCAGUUAAGCGUAUCUUUCGCUACCUACAAGGCACUAAGACGCAUGGAAUUUGCUACAAGCCAAGUGCAAGGAUCGACUUCCGUGGAUAUUCGGAUGCGGAUUGGGCUGGUGAACUUACCGACCGCAAGUCAACAUCGGGGUACACGUUCAUGCUACUCCGCUUGGCGAUUCAAGAGGGCAAGUGGAUUCAUCGUCUGCUUUGUGAGAUCGUGAUGGCUGCCAAUGAAGAAGGACCGGAACUCAUGAUUCAUGAAGACAAUCAGUCAUGUAUCAAGAUGACGAAGAACCCGGUCAACCACGGCCGUGCCAAGCACAUUGAUAUCAAGUACCAUCACAUCCGUGAUGAGGUCAAGCGCGGUGAAGUGAAGCUCAAGUAUUGUGAAACUGCGGUGAUGUUAGCGGACAUCAUGACGAAGGGACUUCAUGGACCACGCCACAAGGAGAUGACGACGGCUCUCGGGAUUCGUGAGCAUUCGGAUUGA